AUGAAGCGUGCGUCGUCCAAGAAAACCUCUGUUAAGCAUGCGUCGUCCAAGAAAACUCCUAUUAAGCGUCCUGUCCAAUACUGUAUUAUUCCAACCCCUACUCAAGACCCGACUACCACUGCCUCUACCUCGGUACCCACAUUGACAGGCAAUCGAUGGCAAGCCUCUGACUUUCUCCAAGCUAGCCUUUCCAAGCUAAAUAUUAUGCAGGAUAGGUACGGAGUAGACAAUCGAUAUUUUGUCAAUGACCCCGUUGUAAAGGGAAAUAUAGUCUUGAAAGUGGAUUACCCUGCUGGAAGCUAUAACCCUAGUGGUCCAAUUAUUGGUGGAACUGGGUUCUAUGCUCAACCAAUAGAUCUUAGCGCAGCAAAAACUACCAUGUUUCAAUAUGAUAUCUAUUUCCAACCUGGGUUUGAUUUUGUCAAGGGUGGCAAGUUGCCCGGUAUAUACGGUGGACAUUCUGGAUGCUCUGGUGGUCGCAAUUCACAAGACUGCUUUUCGUCUCGAUUCAUGUUUAGGACCGGGGGUGCUGGUGAAUCUUAUAUAUAUCUUCCAUUUGAUCAACAAGUACCUGGAUUCUGCAAAAUACCACCUAAAAGUGUCUGUAACCCAGAUUAUGGUACAUCUAUUGGCCGUGGAUCAUGGACAUUUCCCACAGGAGAAUGGGUCACUGUCAGUCAAACUAUCACUCUCAAUACUGUGGGUGUGGCUGACGGAUCUAUCACGGUAAAAGUUAAUGGCAGAACCGCGAUCCAGUUUAAUGAGAUUGUAUGGAUAACAGAUUCUAGCGUUGGAUUCCUUGGAAUUGAUUUCGAGACAUUCUUUGGUGGAAGCUCGAGUGAUUGGGCGACGCCUACUGAUCAGUACACUUUGUACAAAAACCUUAUCAUUCAAAGUCUUGACUGA